CUCCACCCAAGACACUGCCCAUCGUCAGCGUCCCGUCAGCUCCAACCGUCAUCAUCGUCAUCAUCAUCACGACCACCACCCCCGUCAUCGUCCCACGCUCGAUCAUGCAUCUCCCGUGGAGGCUCUCGGCCGCGCGGCCGUUCUCCAGCGUCUCCAGCGCCGCCAAUCCGUUCCUACGGCGGCCUCAACGCCUCCCUGCGUCGCCCGCGCACGCUUCUCGUUUCUCGACCUCGCCCGUGCUGCUGAAGAGAAAGGUGGCGGAGAGGAAGGACCACAGGAUAACUCUCAUCCGGUAUUUCCUCUUCAAGCCCCGCAACCCGCGACCGCUCCGCUUCUCGCGCCUGCGCUACCUCAGACACUGGACCAUCCACCGCGCCUGGCAGCUGCACAAGCGCAAGCUGCGGACCCAGGCCCAGCAGGACCUCGAAAGGCAGUACUGGGCGAUGAACAAGGCGUGCGAAGAACUGCGGCUGAUUGGCGAGAACGGCAUGCCCGGUGGAAAGGACGAGGGGCGGCUGUUCAGAACAGCGAUGAGGAAAGAGGGCGUGUGGCAGGGUUUCCCCAUCGAGUACGCCCGGAUGCAGACGGACUGGCCGUCAAGUGAAGGUUGGAAUCACGCGUGGAGGAGGAACUAGCCCGGCAAGACGCCAGGAACCGGGCAACUGUCGUUGUAGAGCGCGUCACAAAAGGAGGUCGAGACCGUGUACGAUAUGGAGAUGGUGACUUGCAUCAUCUGGUCGAUAGAAACACCUUUCGACAGAUGGAACUGCGUGUCGAAGCUUGUCAAGGGAAAGAAGAAAAAAAAAAAAAAAAUGGG